AUGGUAAUGCCAAAUGCACCAGCAGUCGAGAGUUUGCAAAGAAACAAUGUCAGGUAUUCUCCAAAUUGGAGCUUCCGAUGGGAUAACAGAGGACGAGUGUCAGGUGAAGAGACCUCUCUCAGUUGGUUAUCUGAUGGGAUUAGUCGUAACGAUGGGUCUGAUGUCAAGUCCGAAUCUGCAUUUGUAUCAUCACAAGGGUCCCCUCUGGACAAUUUCCAGACUCAGUCUUGGCACAAGUCUCCUGCUUCAGAUCAAUCUUUUUCAAGAGUUGCAUCCAUUGACACCAUCUCUGAACACCCUGCUGCUUACCGGUCUCCUGCAAAACGGUCUCUUUCGCUGGCAUCUCAACCAUCAUCCUUCUCAGCGUCACCACUAUCGUCCCAGAGCCACUUGCCAAUGCCACCUGGAAGUUCAUCGACACUAAAGUUGACCCCACGGCCUCGUCUAUCAAAGCAAGUCUCUGAUGGUCAGAUCCUUGGAUUUACCUCGCCAGCAACACAAGAGAGACUGGGGAAUGAGUCUCAUUCUGGACCGUCUGAUGGUUGGUCCAUGCAAGCCUUCUCCGAAAUGAUGGCGUAUUCUCGCAGAGAGUCUUGCUCUUAUGAUAACGAGUGCUUAGGGCUUCGACGUGACAAGUUAGAUCAAGGAAACCGAAAGUCCAAUGCUCAGCAAACCUGUGGCGCUUGUUCAAGAUCCUUGUCUGGGGUGUCUUUGCUGAGUAGCCAGAAGAUCUUUGCCACUAACGAGCUCUCUAUAGCUGCGAUUCUCGCUUGUGGCCACGUCUAUCACUCUGAAUGUUUAGAGCACAUGACACCCGAAGCCGACAAGUUCGACCCUCCAUGUCCCAUCUGCACGUUGGGUGAGAAGAAAACACUCAAGCUAGCGGAGAAGGCGUUAAGGGCAGAUCUGGAUUUGAAAGCUAAACACAACAGGAGACUAAGAAGCCGCGUUGUGGACAGCGAUGACUUUGUUAUGUUUGAUCACAGCCACAAGGGAGGACGAGGAGGAGGAGGAGCAGCAGCAAGCCACAAAGGCAAGGUCCCGAAGCUGGUAACAAGUUUAAGCUUGAGAAGCUAUUCACCAAAGCCAUUCCUUGCACGACACUUCUCUUUCGGGUCCAGAAGUAAUAGUGUUAAGUCCCCGAAAGAGAAUCAUUCUGCGAUCUCUCUGAGAAAGAAAGGCUUCUUCUGGACUAAAUCUAGCAAACUCUGA